GCUCUUCGUGGGCGGCCUGGACUGGAGCACAACGCAAGAGACGCUACGCAGCUACUUUUCCCAAUAUGGAGAAGUUGUAGACUGUGUUAUCAUGAAAGAUAAAACCACCAACCAGUCUCGAGGUUUUGGGUUUGUCAAAUUUAAAGACCCAAACUGUGUGGGGACGGUGCUGGCCAGCAGACCACACACCCUGGAUGGCCGGAACAUUGACCCAAAGCCGUGCACGCCCCGGGGGAUGCAGCCGGAGAGGACACGGCCCAAGGAAGGCUGGCAGAAAGGACCCAGGAGCGAUAACAGUAAAUCAAAUAAAAUAUUUGUUGGCGGAAUUCCUCACAACUGUGGUGAGACAGAGCUCAGGGAGUACUUCAAGAAAUUUGGAGUGGUGACGGAAGUUGUGAUGAUCUACGACGCUGAGAAGCAGAGGCCUCGAGGUUUUGGAUUUAUUACUUUCGAGGACGAACAAUCAGUGGACCAGGCUGUCAACAUGCAUUUUCACGACAUCAUGGGCAAAAAAGUGGAAGUGAAGCGGGCAGAGCCUCGCGACAGCAAGAGCCAGGCACCCGGCCAGCCGGGGGCCAGCCAGUGGGGCAGCAGGAUCGUGCCCAACGCCGCCAACGGCUGGGCCGGCCAGCCCCCGCCCACGUGGCAGCAAGGAUACGGCCCGCAAGGAAUGUGGGUGCCAGCGGGACAGGCGAUCGGUGGCUACGGACCGCCCCCCGCGGGGAGGGGAGCCCCACCACCACCCCCGCCAUUCACCUCCUACAUCGUGUCCACGCCGCCUGGGGGGUUCCCCCCACCGCAGGGCUUCCCACAGGGCUAUGGCGCUCCUCCUCAGUUCAGCUUUGGCUACGGGCCCCCGCCUCCGCCGCCUGACCAGUUUGCACCUCCAGGGGUUCCUCCUCCACCGGCCACUCCAGGGGCAGCGCCAUUGGCCUUCCCUCCACCUCCGUCUCAGGCCGCCCCAGACAUGAGCAAACCCCCAACGGCACAGCCCGACUUCCCCUAUAGUCAGUAUGCAGGUUACGGACAGGACUUGAGUGGCUUCGGACAGGGUUUCUCGGACCCCAGCCAGCAGCCCCCCUCCUACGGAGGACCCUCGGUGCCGGGGUCAGGGGGCCCCCCUGCCAGCGGAAGUGGCUUUGGCCGAGGUCAGAACCACAACGUGCAGGGAUUCCACCCUUACCGACGCUAGCUGGCCCGCUGCGCAGCCGAGACCGACCGACGGCUCCAGGCUUGUGACCUCGUGACAAUCACACCUGACAGGGGCGGGCGGGGUGGGCAGCAGGCUUCUGGAGGCCAGGCGCUGUGGGUGUUUGGACUGAAGUUUUUAACUCUAUUUCUUUCUCUAACCCAUCAGCACAAUAAAAAAAAAGUCACUGGUUCAAACAACAGGGUUUUAAAAAAUUGUCUUCAGCUUUAAUUCAAAACUUCAGGUUUCUUUUUUUUCUUUUUUUUUUUUUUGAAAUUAUUUUCCUGAGCCUUUUGUGUUACCAUAUAUUGUAAACUUUUAUGUUGAAAGAAAAAAAUAUACAUUUACAAAUUGUGAGAUUUUUAAGAGAACUUUUCUACGCUGUACCUGGCUUAUUUUUUAAUUUAAAGCAGGGUUUCCGUCAGCGCUGACGGACACGAGGCUGUUCGUCUCACUCUCUUGCUCUGGCUUCGGGGCUUGGGACUCGUUGGUCCAGAGACUCUGGGAGCUUCAAGAAGUCUACUGAGUGUUUUGUUUUUGUUUAUUCCUUGCUUUUGUCGACCAACUGACUGGCAGUGUCUGCAGGCGCCCAGGGUUGGCUCGGGCUGCCCAGCCACAUACCCAGCCCAGCCCAGUCUGGACCCCGGUGGCGUGAGGCCUUGUCAGAUGGAAGCUGACCUCCUUGGGCGCGUGGUCUCAGUGUGUUUGCCGCUGACCAGUCUGACCCUGGUUUGAAUAAAGAGAAGUGCAUUUGGAUUAGAAA